AUGUCAUGUACUAAACUCGAGUAUCUUGCAAUCCAGCCUAGACACGAACUACUUGCCGUUGAACUCAUUGCCGCGAUCAUUGAUAUCGUUGCGGAUGGAUACCGUGACUCUUUGGCCACCCAGCGCGAACCAUUAAUAUUUUCGACUCUUGCUGCAGCCUCUCUGGUGUCUCGUACAUGGAACACCAUCUGUUCCGCGUACAUUUUCCGUACGAUUAAAAUCACCGCCCCCGGUGACCCUGGCGCACAACUCUCCUUCCUUCACUUCGAAGCUCCCCACCUCAGUGGUCAUAUCCAUAAACUCAAACUCAAGUGGGAUGGUCGCUGCACCAACGAUGAUUGGUUAUCAGAUUGUUUCAGGCAGAUGAAGAACCUACGAGAAUUGCGCCUUCAUGGUGCGGAGACUAUCAAUGAACCCUAUGUUGCCCCUGUGGGGAUGAAGCCUAUGCUCGCUGCCCCUUACCUGCGUAGGCUGGUUUUAUGUGGUUGGUACUUUGCUGAGGAUGGCUCCGACCUCGUCGGCAUGCUUCCCGACACCGUAGAAGAGUUGGUACUCAAAAGACUCGGUCCACCACCACAAGCACGGUCACCCCAUGCGUUUCCCAACAACACCGUUGCUCCGGAUUCGAAUGCGAAUACACCGUCAUCCACUGGCAGACGUUUGGAGAAUCUCCGAAGCAUGGAGUUGAUCUAUAUAUUCCUCCCACUGCUCAAUCUCAAGACUUUCAUCGAGUGCCCUAACCUCAGGCGCUUUUCCGUCGGAUGGUCUGAAUUGGAGAGCCGCUGGGAUUUGCCCCAGUGGAUUCCUGCUAGUUUAUGGGAGCUUAGCCUCGAAACUAAUCUUUAUAGUCACAUUCCACACUUCGGCGCAUCUAUACAACCCUCCGAUGUAAAAAUCGGUAUAUGGGGUCAUGAGGGUCCCCCUCCCCCGUACGGCGCUUUCCUUCCCCGGAUCAGGGCUUGCAUAGAUCGCCUUCCAUCUCCUCACCUUAUCCAGGCCCUCACAAUCGACAUCUCGAAUUAUGAGAACGAUAGCCGAAACAGGCUAUACCCUAAACUAUCUGAUUACGAAGCGCUGUCUCAAUAUUUGCAACAGUUGCGAAGCUGCAAAGGUGGAAAAUUGAAGGCGAUCUUCUUGAAUAUCAAAAUGGAAUUAGAAGGCGACGAAGACUCGAUCGAUGAUAAACCAGCCAGUGUCCGAGAAUGGCUCCCAGAUGAUGAGUCGACCGAAGAAGGCACACCAGCGGAAGAUGGUGGGCUAACGGAAUAUGGGUCAAGUGAUGACGAUUUCUCAACUGGAAAUGAUGGUUCGAGUGACGACGAAGGGGUCUGGGGUGAAAAGGAACCACCUGAUGACAACGAAUUGCACGUCGAUGAAGCGCGAGAGACGGCGAAAUUGGAGAAGGGGUUUCCAGAGUUGCUGAAAGACAAUAUGCUCAAUGUGGAGUUCACCCUGGAGCGACUGUCGAUUUGGAGUGGUGGUGGUGGUCACAAAGUGCUCAUGCAUUGCAGUAUACGUACGAUGUGA